AUGGCUCAAGAGAAAUACAACUUAUUUGUGCAAGGUAAACCAAUUAGUAAUGUUCUUGUGAAGGUGUCACAAGAGAAUCUAUCUCUUUACAAGGCUAAGUUGACUUAUUCACUUAGAUGUUUGAGGUUUCUUUUGCAUCAAGGAUUGGCAUGCCGUGGACAUGGUGAAAGUGAAGAAUCUAGCAAUCGAGGAAACUUUAUUGAACUUUUGAAAUGGCUUGCAGAAAAUAAUGAAGAAGUUAAUAAGUUGGUUCUGAAAAAUGCUCCAAAAAAUUGCAUUUUGACUUCCCCUCCCAUACAAAAGCAAAUUGUUCAGUGUUGUGCUGAGAAAACUACUAGACAUAUAAUUGAAGAACUUGGUGAUGAUCAUUAUGCAAUUUUAGCUGAUGAGUCUAGUGAUGUAUCACAUAAAGAACAUCUAGCUCUUUGCUUGCGUUAUGUUGAUAAAUAUGGAAGGGUAUGUGAAAGGUUUCUUGAAGUAGUUCAUGUAGCUGGUACCAUAUCUUUGUCACUUAAGGCAGCAAUUCAAUCUUUACUUAUUGGUCACCACUUGACUCUUACUCAAAUUCGUGGACAAGGAUAUGAUGGGGCUAGUAACAUGAAAAGAGAGAUUAAUGGGCUGAAAACAUUGAUCAUGAAAGAGUCUCCUUCUGAUUAUUACAUCCAUUAUUUUGCACAUCAACUCCAAUUGAUUCUUGUUGUUGUUGCCAAGGAAAAUGAUGGUUGUGUAUGA